GGUGACUUGGCAAAGCAGCAGCAAAACAGUGUUAAUUUAAAUAUUUAAUUUGUCAGUACAGAGGCCUUCUACUGAUGUCUCUCCUCAAAACUCUACCUGCUUUUGCGCUCGCGACUCGUGGCAGCAACAUUAGAGGUUUGUUUUGCUCCACUCGGCAUGGUUAUCAUCGGAGUGUACAAGCCCCGACCAAAACAAACGCACACGAGGAUCCUUCUCACAAUGACAAGAUCUCCAUUGACUUUGAACAAACAAAAGAAGCCUACAAAAGCAAAGACACUCUUGAGUUACUUAGAAGCUUGGUCGUUUUUAAACUGUUCUCAUAUGAUAUCCUGGUUGAAAAGAACAAAGAGAUAAUAGACCUUAGCAGAAAGUUUUUGGGACAGAAGAUGUUCGAGCAAGUUAUGAAGAUGACAAUCUAUGGUCAGUUUGUGGCUGGUGAGGACCAUCAGUCCAUCAAACCUAUGGUGCAGAAGAACCAAGCAUAUGGUGUGGGUGCUGUGCUGGAUUACAGCGUGGAAGAAGAUCUCUCGCAAGAAGAAGCUGAAAGGAAAGAGAUGGCAGGGAGGAAGUUCACAGCCCAUCAUAAGUUCGACGAUCGCCGUGAAGGCGCUAUGAGUGCCCGUACGUAUUUCUACGCUGAUGAGGCAAAAUGCGACCAGCACAUGGAGACUUUCCUAAAUUGCAUCAAAGCAUCAGGUGGAAGUUCUGAAGAUGGUUUCUCCGCUAUUAAGAUGACAGCCCUGGGGCGCCCACAAUUCUUGCUCCAGCUCUCAGAGGUGCUGGUGAAAUGGAGACGUUUUUUUAGUUUCCUGGCUGCCAAGCAGGGGAAAGAUGGCGUGGAGGUGCUCGAGCAGAAACUGGAUCUCGUGCAAUUGCAGGCAUGUCUAGCCAGGCUCGGCGCUCAAGGCAACAUUCUGAGCUGGUUCUCUGAUGGACAUUCGCACUCAUCAGGCUCUGUCGACAUGUUGGACUGGAACAGUCUGAUUGAUGAGAGAACGAAGAUAUUUGAUCUUCUAGUUGUCCCGAACCUGCAGACUGGUCAGUUGGAGCCUCUUCUGUGUAAGUUCACUGAGGAAGAAGAGAAACAGAUGAAAAGAAUGAUUCAGCGACUGGACAUCUUGGCUAAGUAUGCAGUGGAAAAUGGUGUCAGGUUGAUGGUGGAUGCAGAGCAGACGUAUUUCCAACCUGCGAUCAACCGACUCACUGUAGAGAUGCAGAGGAUCUUCAAUAGAGACAAAUCUGUCAUAUUUAACACUUAUCAGUGCUACCUCAAAGAGGCAUUUGAUAAUGUCUCCAUGGAUGUUGAGCUGUCAAGGAGAGAGGGCUGGUUUUUCGGUGCUAAGUUGGUGAGGGGGGCUUACAUGUACCAGGAGAGAAGCCGAGCAGCAGAUAUUGGAUAUGAGGAUCCCAUCAAUCCAGACUAUGAAACCACAAACAUAAUGUACCACAGGUGCCUGGAUUACGUGUUGGAGGAGAUUGAACGGAACAAGAGAGCGAAUGUCAUGGUGGCAUCACACAAUCUAGACACGGUUAAACAUACACUUAGAAGGAUGAAUGAAAUGGGUCUGGCACCAACUGAUAAGAAGGUGUACUUCGGUCAGCUCCUGGGAAUGUGUGACCAGAUCAGCUUUCCAUUAGCUCAGGCAGGAUUCCCAGUGUACAAGUACGUUCCGUUCGGUCCGGUGAAUGAGGUGAUCCCGUACUUGUCCCGUCGGGCGCAGGAGAACCGUGGCAUUAUGAAAGGAACCCAGAUGGAGAGAGACCUUCUGUGGAAAGAGCUCAUGCGCAGACUGACUAGUGGAGAGGUUUUCUACACACCCGCUUUAUAAAACACACUCUCCACUUCUUAGAGACUUCGGAUGAUUCAUUCAUCUCUCUCUCUUCACUUUCGGAGGAUAAAGAAAGUCUGUUCUUUAUGACAUACUGCACAAAGGACCCAUCAUUUCUACCUAAAUACCAUAAGUGAAUCUCACAAAUCUUAGGUUGCUCUGUAAACGUCUGGGUCAUAUUUUCAGCCCAACAACAUAUUAAAAAAUCAAAUUAAAAAACAAAACAAUUAUGGUGACACUUAACAAUAAAGUUGUAUUUGUUAACAUACGUUUACUACAUUAGUUAACAUGAAUUAUGUCAACAUUAGUUAAUGCUCUAACAUGAAAAAACUAUUAACAAUAGUGUUUUUAACAUUAACUAAUAUUAAUAGAUGCUAUUAAAAAUUUUACAAAAAAUAUACAUUUAUUUUUGCUUAAAGAAAAUGAAGCCUAUUUCUUAAACAACAAUUAUUUUUCCCAUUGUGAAAAUAUUUUUUAUGACAAUUUUGCCCCAAAUUAUUAUUAUCAUAAAGAAAUCUCAUUCUCAUUACAAUAAUGUGAAAAAUAUCAAUUGUUUACAUUAUUAUUGCAUUUUACUUAUACAGUACAUAAUGCUAGUAUUUGUUGUACUGCAUUUAAUGUAUGCUGUUUUCAUUCAAGAUUUCUUAUAACACAUCAUCAUUGACAAUAAUCAUAAUUAAGACUCCAGAAUGUAAAACAUCCAGACACCUAAUGAUUGAGAAUUUGGAAGUUAAAUGAUCUUGAUUGUCAUUAAAAUAAUGCCACAAUGUGACAAAUCGUAAUGGUAUAUCUAUAUUUUUCCUUUUUUCCUUUUUUUUUUUUUUUUGUGAGAUUCACCCAGUCACUACAGUAAACUUAAUAUAAAGGUCCCCAAAAACUGAAGCUGUCAAAGUAUUUUACAAAGUUAUUUUUCUUUCCUUGAUGACAGUGGUGGCUAAUACUAAGUUACCACAACUUUGUUCUAGCAAGAGUAACUUUAGUAACUGAUAUUUUGGAUAUGAUGGACAUCCAUACAGCUCAUCCAUCUCUCCUGCAUCUUUAUGACUCUGAAAGGGCUCUCUAAAUUGUCAGAUGCCUGAGUGUGCACCGCUAUUUUAUACCCCACCUUUAUUCAUAAUGUGGAACACCAAUAGUAAAAAUACAAGCAUGAUUUAACCACUAAUAAACAAACCCAUCAGUAUCACUUUCCUGUAAUGACGAUUUGAAUUCAAGGAAAACAACGGCUGAAGUUCCACAACUAUAUUUUAUGCAUGCGACUUUAUGUGCUCCGAGUAAGGGAUUGUGGGUACACAUGGAACACUCAGUUUGGCGGGUAGACAACAGCACGUUACUCUACACUAGAUAAAGUUGUGUACACCGAUUAUAUUUCAGAUGUAAUAUAUUCAUAUUGAGUGGUUUGUUUGUGCUGAAGCCAAAUUAUGUCAUUUGCACUGAGUUUCAUUAUGAAUACAAAAACAAAACAUGGUUUUAUGGAAAUUGCUGGAAUAUUUGCGUGCCCUCGCCUUAAUGUAUCUCUUCUGCUGAAACGUGCUCGAUGAGCUCUGAAAGCGUGUUUUGAGGAUGAUUUGAAUUUCACUUUGCAGCUUAAUGAAUCUGGUGUUUAGAUUACACAAGGCGAGAAUUAAAUCCACUCUUUUAUUAUCUGGGCAAUGAAGCUUUUUAUGCUUAACCAACAGUUUCUCACUCUCUCCAUCUGUUAAUAUUUUCUAUUUCCCCAUGGAGUAUUUGGGUAAGACGAAUAAAAUGCUGUAAUUAAUUGAGUCGAAGUUAAUGAUUUCAAGACGAAGGGUUUGCUCUGAAGUAAAUCGCAAUUCCUUGUCUGUUUAUUUCCUGGUUGAAAUCUG